GUCGACUCACUUUUAAAUAAAUAUAUAACAUGUUUGAGAGAGUGAGGCUCCAAUCACCAAUCAAACCAAAGCAUCUGAAGAUGUUCAACAGUUUAACACUAUCACAUUAAUAUUUCAGCAUUUUAAUUAACAUAUAAUGUGUUAGAGGUCUGUUGUAACUGGGUAAACUGAUGUUUGACUCAAAUAAAAGUAGUAAUACUACAAUGUAGAAGUACUCAUCAUGCAGUGAAUAGUGUACUGAUGUCUUUGCAUGUAGUUGACGUGAACUACUUUACAUGCAGUCAGGUAGUUUAUCAGGUAGUUUGCAGGACAGAAAUGCCUUUAGAGGUAAGCUUGAGAUAGAAACAGAGUUACCUUAAGGAUGCCGACACACCACCACCACAUUACAGGUCAUCAUGUUGUAUGAACACAUACUAAGUGAAAAGUUUUUCCUUGUUUGUUUCAGCUCUGUUAAUGUAAAAAAUGGGAGACUGGAACUUUCUUGGAGGGGUCUUGGAGGAGGUACAUAUCCACUCCACCAUGGUUGGGAAGAUCUGGCUGACCAUCCUGUUCAUAUUCCGGAUGUUGGUCCUCGGCGUUGCGGCGGAGGACGUCUGGAACGACGAGCAGUCGGACUUCAUCUGCAACACGGAGCAGCCCGGCUGCCGAAACGUCUGCUAUGACCAGGCCUUCCCCAUCUCCCUCAUCCGAUACUGGGUACUCCAGGUGAUCUUUGUGUCCUCGCCCUCGCUGGUGUACAUGGGUCACGCCAUCUACCAGCUGCGAGCUCUGGAGAAGGAGCGCCACUGCAAGAAGGUGGCUCUCCGUCGGGAGAUGGAGGCGGUGGACGUGGAGCUGGUGGAGGUGCGGAGGAGGAUUGAGAAGGAGAUGAGGCAGCUGGAGCAGGGGAAGCUCAACAAAGCACCGCUGAGGGGCUCUCUGCUGUGUACCUAUGUGGCGCACAUUGUGACUCGCUCAGUGGUGGAGGUGAGCUUCAUGAUGGGUCAGUUCAUCCUCUAUGGACACCGUCUGAGUCCUCUUUACAAGUGUGAAAGGGAGCCAUGUCCAAACGUGGUGGACUGCUUUGUCUCCAGGCCUACCGAGAAAACUGUUUUCAUGAUGUUCAUGCAAGCGAUAGCCUGCAUCUCGCUCUUCCUCAGCCUUCUUGAGAUCAUCCACUUGGGAUUUAGGAAGCUUAAGAUGGGCAUCCUGGACUACUACCCACAUCUGAAGGACGACCUUGACGAUUACUACGUCAACAAGUCACAAAAGAACUCAGUCGUGCAUCAGGUUUGCAAGGGCACAUCUGUAGGACGCAAGACUACCAUCCCCACAGCACCAUGUGGGUACACAUUACUGUUGGAGAGGCAGGGCAACGGGCCAAGCUACCCUCUCCUUAACGCUUCCUCUGCUUUCGUCCCAAUACAAGGGGACCCCGGUGCAAAGCCGGACAUCCACAAGGACAGCAAGGAAGGAGUGCCGAGCCCCACGGAGCAAAACAGCAACUCCAACAACACAAGCAGUGAGACGCGAUCUCCACCUGAACCACAGGAGCAUCCAUCACCCCAUCACGUGGACAUGGAGAGCGCAGGCUCAGAGUAUCCCACCCUCCCUGUAGCAGACACCGCCUCCUGCACAACCCUGUCAGGCAUUGCGAGGAAGGCACGGAGGGUCGGUCCAUCGUGGAACUGCUCCACUCUGGUGGAGGGGAACAGCUCGGACAGCAAAGACUUAUACCACAGGAACAACAGCAUGAAACUACGCAGCAGCUGUGUCGGACCCCGAGCGAGGAUGCUCUCUAAAUCUGACAUUAAGAGGCCGAGCAGGCCCCAGAGUCCGGACUCUCCAGGAGAGCUGAGCUCUGUAUCCCGACACAGUCGUGAAAGUAACAGCCCCACCGCCUCGUCUCCGAACCGCCGAGUGUCAGCAGCGAGCAGCGGCAGCAGCAGACGAGCUCCUACUGAUCUGCAGAUAUAAACAGACUCUGAAUGCGCCACGUUUGGGUGCCAGACAUUUAUUUAAGACUGUAUUGCUAUGAAGAUUAUGCUCUUGGCACCAAAGAGAAGCUUUUUUCUGAUCAUAUAUAAGAAGAACUCACGCUGCAAUCUAUUGUUUCCAAGUCCUGUCCUGUCCAUUCAGACGAACAUUUAAUGAUUUGGCCCGUGUGUGACGGCUCUGCCUGAAUGAUUAGAGGUUGAAUGGAAAAAUUAACCACAGAUCUAUAACGAUGUUUUAGGUCACGUUGUUCUGUUAUGCAACCUGAUGCAACAGGACCAUUCAACACAAAAACACAGUUCUGGAUGCAUCGAAAAUAAGUGCUAAAACUCUAAAUAAAAACUUCUUUAAUGUGUGGUCGUCAGACUUUAAUUUCCC